AUCUGUCUAUCAUACUAAAUGCUACAGUACAUCAAAUUUAAAUAUUAUUAUUAUUAACAGAUUUUCACUUAUAUUUCUAAAGAAUUGCAGUGGAGUUGUAAUCAGAUAAGUAUUUAUUAUAAUAUUAAUAUUCCACUGUCAGGAUAUGAAAUAUAGUUUUUAUUUUAUUUUAGCCGAUCUUUAUCAUUGCUGAAGGAUAGAAGGAUUUGUUUGCUCUAUGCAAAACUAGAAGGUUUCUUAAUGAACUCUGUAAGUUCAUCAAGGUUUAAUAGCCGUAUGGAUGUUCUGUUGGGGAAGUUGAAACAUGGGCUUUAAAUUGUGCUUGGAACAUGUUCCUGUCAUUGCCUCUGUGAGUAAUCGAGAUUGGCUGAUUUCUACACAAUCCAUCAUGCCUGCCAUUGUAAACCUGCUCUUCAACACGGUCUCCACCAACACCACCAUCUCCUUUUCUCUAGUGCUGCCUCUGGUCAGCAUCCUCUCCCUGCUGGUAGGGGUCGGAGGUCACCUGCUCAUGUGGUUGGUGUUGAUGCGUAACCCACGGCGUCGUUCAAAGCCCAGCUCGGUCCUCCUGUUAAACCUAAGUUUUGCUGAUCUGUGUGCUCUACUCACCCUGCCCUGUGUGCUACUAAGCGCUAGCUCUCAGAACUGGCAGCUGGGAGGAGGCGUUUGUGUGUUGUUGAGCUUCAUGACCUCCCUGACCGCUGGAGUGGACAUCUUCAGCCUGGCUGCUCUCUCUGUGCUGCGUUAUCGAAUAGUGGCUCCCUCGACACGACCCCCGGCCACCCCCACGCAGGUAGCUGGCACUGUUGCUGUUAUCUGGCUGGUUUCCAUUGCCAUGGCCCUACCUAAAGUCACGUACAUCCAGUUUGACAGUGGCUGCACGUGGUCGGUGGGCCGCGGUCACUGGCUGGGCUUCCUCGUUCCUGCAUUUCUGGUGUAUUACGUGGCUCCUCUACUCUGCAUCGCCCUGCAUUGCGGGCUCAUCAUCACACACCUGUACCGCUGCCGGGGCACUCUAGCCGCAGACCACCGCAAUAAAAAAGCCACAGCCCUUCUCAUCGGCUCCACGCUGGUGUUCGCCAUCAGCUGGCUGCCUUAUUACGUGCUAGAGUUUGUCAAUGUUUUAUCACCGUCCCUUAAUUCCGUCAGCUCACCCGAAAGCCCCGCCUCCAGCUCCACCGCCCCAUCGCCGGCGUCAAGUACAGAGGUGUCUCUGCUGUGGGAGGUGGCCUCGCUGUCUGCCAUUCUUCUGAUUUGUCUGGCACCUUGCUGGAACCCGCCACUCUACUUCCUGCUAUCUAAGCCAGCCCUGAGGCAACUGAGAGGGCUGCUACCCAUCAUGCACCAACACUGGAGAGCUGCUACCUUCCUACAGCACAUAGUGCCAAAACACGCUCCCACACAGCCCCACUCACAGCCUGGGUCUCAACACGUUCCUCAGAACAUACUAGAAGUAACGCACCCACAAUGAGAACGUGCGCAUUCAGAUCGACAUGGUAAGGCACAGCAUAUACCUGCUUCACAGCAAAGCACACCCACACACAGGCACAAAGCACACACACGCCACACACACAAUGACAGGUAUUUUCUGCCAGAGCAUCCUCAUCCCUCUCAUGCUGGCUGAGAUUGAGAGUUGCUUAGUAACACUACAGAGAGGAACAGAAACAUAAGACCAUGGACCUCUGCAUUUAUGGCUGAGCAUCACAUUUUACAAUGUUCCAGCAUGCCAGCUGCUCUCUUCCCCUCUCUCAAAAUCUCUCUCACACUAAAAACGUAUCACGUCAGAUUUUUAUUACCAACUCGGUCACGCUCGCACACAUAAGCGUGUUCUUGACGACAUAUGUGUUCAUUUUUAAUUCACUUGUUUCUGAUCGCUUGUGCAGUGAGUAAUAGAUUAGAUGUGUUAUGCUGGUACUGUAUAUCAGAUAGAUCAUCUAUAAAGGCUAAAUGCAGUGCGUUUGAGUCUCACUUGCUGAUCAUUGGUGUUAUGAAUCACUGAUAUGUGCUGUAAUGAGUUUUUUGACAGUCAUUGUCAGUCUUCUGAGAAAUGCAAUGCACUGUGAUUUCGGAAAUGGAAAAAGUAUAUAAAUAUUUCCCAUUAAUGACAGAGACUUGGCUGAGAGAACUCAGCAGCUCUCAGAACUGUGUCACCUGCGGAUGAGUCAUCCUACUUCACAAGAUUUUUUCAUUCUCUGCUUAUAUUGUAGCCAGUGUAAUAACAUGUGGAUCUAAAUUGA